AUGGCUCGCCUCGCUUGCGUAUUUCUGGUCUUUGUGCUGGCCUAUCAGUGUGCUGACGUGGUAAACGGCGCUGUGAAAGCGAAAGACCUUCCAGACUACGUAGGGAAUAAAGUAUCAUUUUUUGAAAAAUUGAAGAAGAUUUGUAAAAAGGAUUAUAACACCCAGGUCAUUGCUGAAGUACAAUUACCUCAAUGCCGAGUUACCUGCGCGAACGGUGCAUUCUGGGGUAUCUUUGGAGGGCCUUCUACAGUAAAGCUAGCAGGCAGAGAACCAUGCAACGGUAGUGGCGGGAGAUGCUAUGAUGGAGUGUGCGCACACGAAUUAUGA